UCAAACGUCAUUUUUAAAAUAACCUCUGCAAGAUUUGUAAAUAUUACAAAAAUGUUUAGAUCCAUAAUAAAUAGGCUCAACAGUGUUCCAUCAUGUGGCUUUCACACGACCUCUUGUUUAAGCGAAGUGAGGCUGCUCACCCGGCUCAGAGUUGUGGACAAUUCGGAGAUCGGCAAACGCGCGAUGGCCGAGGGAAAACCUCCCAGAGUGAUCUGUGUUUACAACAAAAAACGUGUGGGCUUUAUUGGAGACAGAGUUAUGGUGGCUAUCAAGGGACAAAAGAAGAAAGGAAUCCUAGUAGGACUAAAGCAGAACCAAAAAGUUAAAGUACCAAAGUUUGACAGCAACAACAUAGUGCUGAUAGAUGACAACGGCACACCCCUCGGCACCAGGAUACAUGUGCCCAUCCCCACCAUCCUGAGGACUAUAUUAAAAGAAAGGACCCAUGCAAAAGGAGCUGACUAUACUAAACUGUUGGGUAUAGCCACAAGAUUUGUAUAGUUGUUAAUUAGGAUUUAGUUUUACCUAAGUAGUGCUAAUGUUUGUGAAUAAAGUUAUUUAAU